GAAUCGAGCAGGGGCCCACUACUGACCUUACGAGAUAAAGAAUAUGUUGUCCCCUCACACGCGGCACGGUAUCCCCUCUUUUUCGCCUCACAAGAAUGUCGCCCGACGAAGCGGAAAUCUUACGACGAACCAUCGUGCAGAAGCUAGAGCAAGUUGAUGAUCGGAACCUCGACGGAAUAAUCGCCAUCGGAACAAUUCUGCGUACCAAAAAACAAGGGUCAUUUGGGGUGAUAUACAAGGGAGUCUACAACACGACCGAGGUUUGCAUAAAGGCUUUCAAGGAUAUCGAGAAUGAUGUUUCGUCUCCUGAAUUCCUUAGACGACUAGUUCGCGAAGUAAAAGUGUGGUGUGAGUUGGCGCACACACACGUAGUUCAGCUUCACGGUUGGAUAUCGUACCUCGAAAGCAAGCAAAAUCUAUGUCCGAGCUUGGUGUCAAACUGGUGCGGUGAAGGGGACGUUAAAGCUUUUCUAAGGCGCUGUCCUGAAGCUGAUCGCCGAGCCCUGGUUUACGGAAUAGCUCGUGGUCUGGAGUAUCUUCAUUCGAAGGAGAUAGUGCAUGCCGACAUGAAGCCUCAAAACGUCGUCGUGAGUGAUGAGAGAACGCCGCAGUUGUGUGAUUUUGGACUUUCGUUUAUUAUAUGGGACACGUCAACCCACAUCAACCCGUCGAGCCUGGCUGGGACAUUGCGAUACAUAGCGCCAGAAGUGUGCCACAAGGAGGAGCCCUUUCGAGACAAAAGAACUGAUGUCUGGGCAUUCGGAUGUACAGCCAUGGAGAUACUCCGCAAUACGCGACCAUAUGGCACCAUUAAAAACGAAUUCGCCGUCCACGGAGCUAUUGGAGGUUCUGCGCCGCCGUUUGCCCUUCCAGCGGCUCAGCCUAUCGAGGAGAUUUUUCUCCUUUGCCUCGAGCCUACUCCUGAGCACCGGAUUAAUAUGCAAACGGUUACCGAACUCCUUGGGCAGAAUCAUUCCGGUGGUGGGCAAGCUGACAAUUCCUCAGCGACACAAUCUUUCAGUCAUUCGCAUCAAUUCCUCAACACUGCAAUUCUCAGCAGCACAUGAGCCCUAGAAGAGCUUCUGCGCAAUCUUAAACUGUGAAUCGUGCGAGGAAUAUUUUGUCUGGGUUUUUUUGGUAAUUUAUUGGGGUUACGCAUCGGAGAGUCUCAAGUAUGAUCCAAGGUGGCUUCAAGGGAUGCAACCGAUAAUUAGAGCGAGGUCCGCCAAAGGAAGGGGGCUAAACUGCAUGCACCGGCCAGAGGGAUGGCAAAGAGUGGGUUACAGCACGACGUCUCGGAAUGGAAGCGGCGACAUGGGAGUAAUGCGGCAAUGGCGAGUUGUAUAUGUAGC